UAGUUUCAGGUCUUUUGUGUGGAUUAUGAGAUGUAGUUGUGCUGGAAAUUUUGCUGAAACAUGGAAACCUUGGUUAAUGAUAUCAGAUCUUCAGGAAACAGACAUGCUGUACAGAACACAGUUAAAUAAACGUACGGUUCAGAGCGAGAUGCUGGACGCUGGACGCUGGAUGACUGCGUGCUGGCGACUCUCAGCUGCCGAUUACAGGGUUACUCUAAAAAUAUUUUUAAGAAGUGUGAUAGCGUCUCCACUAAAGUCUACGGUCACGAGCCGCUGCUCGUCAUUAACCAGGGGCGUCGGCUGCUCAGCAGAAUUUCCAUCCCAAAUACAUCUGAAAUACAUCCACUCAUUUACAAUAGAAAGAUCUUUUUUUCUGCUUUAUUGUUGGCCUUUGCGUGGGAAACACUGACAGAACUUUGUUGUUGGCCGUCUUUGGAUGUGGUGGUGAUAGCUCAGUUUGGUGGUUUCUUUGCUUUAACACUGGACUCCGGGUUUAAUGAGGGUCUUCAGAGCAGGGACGUAAUCAAACUGUUCUGGACAUUUAUCCCCACUGAACUAGAAUCGGUAACCUUCUCUAUAAUUCUCAUAACUAGACCGUUUGGAUUUUAAGAACGUAAAUAACCCUGAGCUCCAGACGGUGUUUCCAUAACUGUGUUUUUCAUUGUUUACUAUCCAAACCACUGUAAUCAGUGACCUUGAUCAUGCUGUAUUAAGGGUUAUUUUUGCUAACUACAUGGUGAAGAUGAUUUGUUUUGCUUUCCUCUGUCCAAAAUCUGGCAUGGAGUCAUCAGUUCCAGCCCAGAAGACUCAGGAUUCAGCUCAGUGUGGUGAUUUUCCUGUGUAAAGACUCCUGAGUCGACUCAGCAGAUAAUUAGCAGGUCUGGACUGAAACUGAUGACACCACAUGGAGACUGGAGCUGACUGACUGAACCAACUGAACUGCCCUUCCCUAAACAAUGCUGUAAUUUGGCACCUCGUCAGCUGGUUUAUGACGUCAUGCAGCAUCACUGUACUGUCCUCUAAACCUGUGGUCUGGUUUAGAUCUGUAAUCAGAGCUGAGGCUUCAGUGAGGACUUAAUACUGAAAUUACACACAUCGGAAUUCAGAAACUACAGACUUUAGUUAUUCAGCGCUGUUCAGAAGUUACGCGAGAGUUCCGGACACGGGGGAGGAGUGUAUCUAAGACAGAGGCGUGUCUCGGUUGCAUGCAGUCCAUUUCAAUUCAUUUUGAAAUUGUCUCUUGCUUUUAUUUUACAUCAUAUUACAUUUGAUGGCAUUUCAAUAAAACGUUAUUUCCUUCUCCAGUCCGCAUUUUCUAGCCCUGGUUUGUUUCAGGUUUAAAGGUGUGUUUUUUCUUUGUUUGUCUAGACUCUAGACCGUAUUUAAAAACUCCGUCUCAGACGCGUCUACCCAUGAAAAAUCUGGCAACCUCAGAGGCGUGGCCUACACACAGGUGAUUUUAAUAAUCCAAAUAGUGCAGCCAGAAAAUCCACUUUAGCAGCUGCGUAACCCGACUCUGAACACGAGGAACUUUCCUCACGUAACCACUGACGUAACUUCUGGACUUAAGUCGGUGACUCUGAAUACAGGUGUUAGUGUUUUAAUAUAACAAGGACUCGUUCUGUGUAGAAAGGCCGAGAGUUGAAAACAGAUGAUCAGGGGACUAUUCGCUUCCUUGGUUGCCAGAUUGGCGUGACAGUUCCCAGUGCUGUUCAUGAUGAAACGACCCUGUCACUGUAACCCCGGCGUUAUUUUACUCGAAGGCCCAAUGCAGGAGACGGUCCAAUCUGGCAGCGUGGAAGAGUGAAGCUCCAUUUGGCCUGCAUACAUCACGUAUGAGCUCAGAGGUAGCGAGAGCAUGAAGAGGAGUGCAGGAACGUCCCCGUGGCAGAUGCACUGACAGAUAUCACUGUCCAGUUUGAAUGAGCUUAAGCAUGUCCUCUGUUCUGAUUCAUUUCCAGGCAGACAAAUGGACAGACUCAAACGAGAACCUCCCGCUGUAGAUCUGCUGCUCUGGACGUACUUGAAGUAAUUUGGCCUCGCUCAUGGCUGGCACACGUUCGGAGGCACAGGCGAGUCAGACCUGGAGGCUUCGAAUUUCCAAAGACUUUUAAGCUUCCUGGACUGGACGUCUUUGUGGACCGAAGUUUGAGAGCGUCAGAGAUGAUCAUUAGAUCGGAUCUGUUAUGGUGCUGGACUGACUGAACUGUUUUAAUCCUCGUGUAGCCCCCCCCCCCCCCCCCCCCCCCAACCCCCUCCCCAUGUCAGACCUUCUCUAAAUUAUGGAAAUUUUGUGGAAGACGCUGACUUGGAUAUUGAGCCUGCUUUUGGCCGCUGCUGAUCCUCAGAGCCUUUCUUACAGUUCUCAAGAGGAGUUUCUGUCCCACCUGGAGGACUACCAGCUCACGGUGCCUGUUCGGCUGAACGAUAAGGGCGAGUUUAUGAGUUACACUGUGAAGCAGCACCGGCCCGGACGCAGGAGACGGGCACUGGAUCAAACCGGGCCGGACGCCGCAGAGACCAGACUCUUUUACCGCCUGUCGGCUUACGGCAAACACUUUCACCUGAACCUCACACUCAACCCCAACCUGGUGUCCAAACAUUUCACUGUAGAGUACUGGGGUAGGGGCGGGCAGGAGUGGCGCCACGCUGUGGUGGACGAUUGCCAUUACGUUGGAUACCUACUGGAUCAGUACGACACUACAGGAGUGGCGCUGAGUAACUGCAACGGCCUGCACGGCGUCAUCACCACAGAAGAAGAGCAGUAUUUAAUCGAGCCCUUAAACGACGUGUCCUCCGGAAACUCCAGCGAGUUCCGGCUCCCCGGUGAAGGCCAGCCACACGUUAUUUAUAAAAAAUCCUCCGUCCCUUUGCGGCAGGAGCACAGCGAGGAGCUCAGCUGCGGCGUUUCAGACCUCACGAUAAAGCGGACGCCAUGUUGGAAAAGCAGCCACGGCCCCGUGGCUCCGCCCCCCUCGCAGAAUAACCACACCUCUGGCAGUCCUCAGCGUCAGCGGCGCUCCAUCAGCUCCGAGCGCUUCGUGGAGACCCUGGUGGUGGCCGACAAGAUGAUGGUGGGCUACCACGGACGCAAGGACAUCGAGCACUACAUCCUGGCCGUCAUGAAUAUUGUUGCCAAACUUUACCGUGAUGCCAGUCUAGGAAACGUUGUGAACAUUAUCGUGACCAGGCUGAUUGUUCUGACGGAGGACCAGCCGAAUCUGGAGAUUAAUCACCACGCAGAUAAAUCGCUGGACAGUUUCUGUAAGUGGCAGAAAUCGCUGCUGUCUCAUCAGGGGGACGGAAACAGCAUCCCGGAGAACGGCAUCGCUCACCACGAUAACGCUGUCCUCAUCACCAGGUACGACAUCUGCACCUACAAGAACAAGCCCUGUGGUACUCUCGGUUUGGCGUCAGUAGCUGGAAUGUGUGAACCAGAACGGAGCUGCAGUAUUAAUGAAGACAUCGGCCUCGGCUCCGCUUUCACCAUCGCACAUGAGAUCGGACACAACUUUGGAAUGAACCAUGAUGGAAUCGGGAAUGCCUGCGGGACUAAGGGGCAUGAGACGGCCAAGCUGAUGGCGGCACACAUCACAGCCAACACCAACCCCUUCUCCUGGUCCACCUGCAGCAAGGACUACAUCACCAGCUUCCUGGACUCAGGUCGGGGAACGUGUCUGGACAAUGAACCUCUGAAGCGGGACUUCCUGUACCCCACCGUGGCUCCGGGGCAGGUGUACGAUGCCGAUGAGCAGUGUCGCUUUCAGUACGGCGCCUCCUCCAGACAGUGCAAAUAUGGGGAAGUGUGUAGAGAGCUCUGGUGCCUUAGCAAAAGUAACCGCUGUGUCACUAACAGUAUUCCGGCCGCAGAAGGAACGUUGUGCCAAACCGGCAGCAUCGAGAAAGGGUGGUGUUUCCAGGGCGAGUGUGUGGCGUUCGGGACGUGGCCGCACAGUGUGGACGGAGGCUGGGGGCCGUGGACGCAGUGGGGCGAGUGCAGCCGGACGUGCGGCGGUGGAGUUUCCUCGUCCAUGCGUCACUGUGACAGUCCAGCGCCGUCCGGAGGAGGGAAGUACUGUCUUGGGGAGAGGAAGCGCUACAGAUCGUGCAACACCGACGCGUGUCCAGCAGCGUCGCAGGACUUCCGGGAGAAGCAGUGUGCAGACUUCGACAGCAUGCCGUUCCGUGGGAAAUAUUACAGCUGGAAGCCGUACACAGGAGGUGGUGUGAAACCCUGUGCACUGAACUGCCUGGCCGAGGGCUAUAACUUCUACACAGAGCGUUCUCCUGCAGUCAUCGACGGAACACGCUGCCAAGCUGAUUCUCUGGACAUCUGCAUUAACGGAGAGUGUAAGCAUGUGGGCUGUGACAACAUCCUGGGCUCGGACGCCAGAGAGGACAUAUGCCGUGUGUGUGGAGGAGACGGCAGCACAUGUGAGACCAUUAAAGGCCUGUUCAAUGACUCGCUACCCAGAGGAGGAUAUAUGGAAGUUGUCCACAUUCCUAAAGGUUCCGUCCACAUUGAGAUACGGGAGGUGGCCAUGUCGAAGAACUACAUCGCUUUAAAAUCUGAGGGAAACGAUUAUUACAUCAACGGCGCGUGGACCAUCGACUGGCCUCGCAAGUUCGACAUCGCAGGAACGGCUUUCCACUACAAGAGACCGACGGAUGAGGUGGAGUCUCUGGAGGCGCUCGGGGCCACCACGGAGAACCUGGUCAUUAUGGUGCUACUGCAGGAACAGAACCCAGGUAUCAGGUACAAGUUUAAUGUUCCCAUCCAGCGCACGGGCAGCGGCGACCACGACGUGGGCUUCACCUGGCACCACCUGCCCUGGUCUGAGUGCUCAGCCACCUGCGCAGGAGGCUCGCAGAAACAGGAGGUGGUCUGCAAAAGGCUGGACGACAACUCGGUGGUCCAGAACAGCUACUGCGAUCCUGACGGAAAACCACCGGAGAACCAGAGGCCCUGUAACUCCGAACCGUGUCCACCUGAGUGGUUUAUCGGCGACUGGUCAGACUGCAGUAGGUCAUGUGACGGAGGGACACGGACGCGUACGGUUCGCUGCAUCCGCAAAAUCAUCCCUGCAGAGGAGGAGAACCUGGAGGACGUCCACUGCCUGACACAUCGACCGAUCGAGCACGAGAGCUGCAACAAUCAGUCCUGUCCUCCGCUGUGGGUUCCUCUGGAUUGGUCUGAGUGUUCAGCACAGUGCGGUUUGGGACAGCAGACGCGGACGGUGCAGUGUUUGUCCUACACCGGACAGCUGUCUAACGAUUGUCCAGAGGCUCUGCGUCCCAGCAUGAUACAGCCGUGUGAGAGUAAAUGUGAUGCCACGCCCAUUACCAACGGUGACGAGUGCAAAGACGUAAACAAGGUGGCGUACUGCCCGCUGGUGCUGAAGUUCAAAUUCUGUAGCCGUGCCUACUUCAGACAGAUGUGCUGCAAAACCUGCCAAGGACACUGAUGAUCCUGCAGAGAGAGACGAGAGAGAGACAAAGACCACAUGAGCUGGAGGACAGAGCUGCUUCCUCUCUCUCUCUCUCUCUCUCACACUCACACACACACUCUCACUCACACUCACACACACACACACACACACACACACACACACUCACACACACACACACACACACACUCACACACACACACACACACACACACACACACACACACACACACACACACACACACACACUCACACCUGCUUUUUCAGCCCUGUGGAACCCAUACCACUGAUCAGUGAUCACUGACCACUGACACCUUUUAUUUUUAUUUUCACUUCUGUGAAGUGGGAACUUAAUAAUAUGGUUAUUAUUGUUAUUUUAUUAUAAUAAUAAUUAUUAUUGUUGUUAUUAUUAAUGUUAUUGAUGUUGGUCUGUCUGUCCGUCUGUCUGUCUGUCGUAAUCCAAAGUGCUGGACACAUCAUAUGCAGAAGCGGCACCGCUAAAGAGGUUUAUUAUAACUGUGUAAUACCCAAAAGUGUUUCACAUACACUCUCUCUCUCUCUCUCUCUCUCUCUCUCUCUCUCUCUCUCUCACACACACACACACACACACACACAGUCUUGGCUCAUUUUCAUGUAUUUUUGAGACUGUAAACUGACACAGAAGUGGACAAAAUGAAAGAAACGACUAAAUGAUCUGAAUUUGCUGCUGGGGAAAACGUGUGUGAUGACCAGUGACCAUCUGAUGACCAGUGGGCGUGUCUUUGAGACUAAAUAUGUACUCAAAGAUACACCCUUCCAAAAUUUCUGCAAAAUUUGAGAUCGCACACAGAGGUUUUCUGAUUCAGUUAGCUUCCAUUAGCCAUCUAGCUAGCAUUCUCAGUGUGGAUUAGACGUAAACAAUAAUUCAUUAAAAAUCAGCUGAUAAUAGCUGGGUGGUGAAAGAAAAGGGAGGAUUCCGGGCGGUCCUGGACGGAAAGUACUGCUUCAGUGAACAGCUAACGUUAUCUUGCUAGCUGCUAGUUCGGUGUUUGUGAAUGACACUAGCUCGUUAGCUGCUUAAAAAGAAUAUCAUCAUUCGGCUAGUCUGUGCUAGCAUGCUAGCGCCGGCUAAUCAGUUGCUCAGAAUGUGAAUGUUUGUACUAUUUCCUGCUGUUCUGAAACUGUAAUAAUAAACAGGUCUUCCAGAAGCGCACGACCCCCAGCACCGCUCUCGUUUCGUAUCGGCUAACGCUUUCGGGAUUUGCGGGGUUAAAGUUCACCUAGAUUAACUCGUAGAUACAGAACGAAUCGCUAUCAGAAGCGAAUCCCUUUGGCGCGUCCUCUUUCACAUCCUUCUAUAAGAUUGAAUUACUUCACGUCCUAUUCACGUGCCGUUUCCCUUAUUUUGUCCGCAUCGUGUAUUUUCAGUCAGACAUCCGUCGUUACUCUGCAGACAGACAUUAAGGAUAUCUAACUCCACAUGGUCCUAAUAUAACACUUUAUAAACUCUCCAUAAUCACACUUGAAGACAUUUUUAAUCGUUGGAUUGGUGCGAAACGUGCGGUCGGAGUAAACGCCGCUCAGUGAGGUGCAGUCGCCGUUUGGUGCUCGUUUGGAAGUUGUGAGAGUUCGAAUUCCAGAUGUUCCAGCCGUGGGGCCACCUGUUUUACUAAGUCGAGUCACAUGACCACAGGCCGAAGAAUUCCACCAUUGUGUUUGUGACACUCUAACAAGGCCUGAAAAUCACAUUAGAACCUCAAGGAGGACUGAACAGGACCCAGAUACGUCAAGGAACUUGCUGGAGGGGGGAAAAGAAAAGAAAAAAAAAAAAGACAUAGCCAUUUCUGUUUUUUUUUGUUUGUUUGUUUUAAAAGAAUGUUCAAAUCCGUGAUAUUUUUAGCACUGUUUAAAAUGCUUGGGGUCUGAGAGACAUUGCAUGUGAUAUAACGAGAGGAUAUGAAUUCAUUUGUAGCAGGAAAAAUCCAGAGGCAGAUCACACGCCCACCUCCUCCCCGGCGGAGAGGAUCCAGUGUCCGUAUCGCAGGUGAUCUGCUGCUGCGUGUCUCCUUCACCAAUCAACUGGAGUUCAAAAUAAAUGGUCAAGACGUUUAGGGGGACACACCAGAGCUCGAACAUCUGCUCAGAAUAUCAGAAUAAGGACUACCUCCUCCAGACACGUGCCCUGCCUCGUUCCCUCAUUUUACAAACACUUCACAGAACCCUCCAUGCUCAGUGGUGCUUUUUCCCCCGGUUCUUCUCACCUUCUCAAGAGGAAGCCCUGAUCCGUGCAGUCCUCUGGUGCUAACGAGCUUCAUAUCUCACCAACCCUUAAAUGAGGACGAUCUUGGGCUGGUUUUUUCCCACCUGCAAUAUUUGUUGUUGUACCUCACACGGUAUUGAUUAUUGAGUUGGUAAGGCAGGUUGUAGAGUUGUGUAAACCCUGCCCAAUCCACACGCUCUCAGUGCAAACGGAACAUCACACGUGGAACCCAGCGAUUACCAGAAAACCGAACCCGAGAUUCCAAGAAACAAAGGUAGAGGAGUAACAGGACCACGGCCCGGUUCUGAUCUAACAAACCGUACUAACUUUUUUGCUGCUGCUACUCUGUUGUAGCCACCAAUACAACGUCAGAACAGUUCUGUUUUUGUGUUAUAAAAUGUUUAAACUGGGACUUUUACUCGAGUGAACAUUGAACAGCCGGACACCAAAAUCCUGAGGCUUGAAGUGAACGUUUACUGGCUUCGAAAAACAGAAGCCGCAAAAGACCAAGAUUCCCACAAACCGAGGACGAACAUGGAACUGGUACUCGCUCGUCGCUGUGAACUCGUGUCUCUGAAUGUUACAUCACUUAUCCUGUACCUAUAGAACUCAGCGUUUCUUUUGGGGUUUCUUUUUUUUUUUAAUUUGCAAUAAAUUGCUUGUAUUUUAUAUUCAGUGUUAAAUGUUGGUACACUGUUAUAAAUUUUUCAAUUGUAAAUUAUAUGCUAAUUUAUUUCCACGUGUCACUCGUCGUACGUGUUUCACGGAAUGCAAACUGAAAACAAACACAAACACAACAACAAUGCAGUGAACUUAUUCCCGUCACCGUUUUGUUUAGUCUAGGGAAGAGCUUGAAUUGCGCAGAGCACCAUCGCAAAGUGUGUGUUUAAACGCUUUUGUGGCCUGAAGAGUGUGCGAAUGUUUGUAUGCACGUUCUGGUCAAAGAGGGAGUCCUCAAAAAGAACAAAAUAUCACUACAAAUGAUGAGCAGAGAACAAAAAUGGAUAAAUAAUCCCACAGUAACCGUAGCAGUCUGAAUCUUUGGCUUGUACACUAUUAUUGGUGAAUCGUUCAGUAUGUAAUGAAUCCCAAAUAAAGAGAAUGUUAAAGGGUUUGGGUGCAAUGAGGAUGUUCUUUCUCUGAAUGUUGUGGCUGCAGUCGUCACUCCGGUCAUGAACCACGUUCCCUGAAUGCUCCGCCGCUCCAACACAACACUGUCGUGUGUUUGAGAAGUUUGACACUCACUUUUUACACUUUAUUUACUCACGUGUGAAAAGUUUGCACCUGGGAACUGAUCUCUGGUCCACCUGAACACUCUGGGGUCGGGGCUUGACUACAAACACGCAGGUGUGACUGCAUUCAGUGUGAAAGCAAUUCUUCCCUGGGACAAUCAGCGAGUACUGUGAUUGGUUCAGCUCAUAAGAAGUCAGGUUGUGGUCUGCAGGGCCGUGUCGAUAUAUCAUCACAGUAAGCGAGCAUCUUCACCUGAAAGGACUCGUCUGAAGCACGGAUUAAAUAAAUUCUACACUAAUAGAUCGAGCGGUGUAGCAGGUAGUGUUCACGCCUCCAAGGUUCGAACUCCAGGCUAAACAUUAAAACACUUUGCUUAUGUUUAUGUAUCAUUUAUGGAAGGAGUCUCCAGUGUCAGUCAGAGGUAAAGCUGUAGCUUUAAGUUUCGCACAUCUUCAGGACAGAGGAGUUUACACGUCUUUACUGUUUCUGACUAACGCCACAAGCUGUGUUUUUGUCUUAUUUACUUCGAGAGAGAAUGAAGAGAGAGAAUAGAGAGAGAGAAUAGAGAGAGGGACGGUGAGGGAAAGAGUGUUUAUAGCUGCUAUAACGUAAGUGAGAACAGGAACUCACUUGCUGUUUUAUAAGAGGAGUAAAACACACGGGAUGUGCUGUUAGAGGAAAAGAAUCAACUCUGGGUUAGUAACAGUAACUCUUCUUCGUGAUCAGGGGCAAUUCACUUAAAACACUCGGUUCCGGUCAUGAAGCGAACGUUCCUGAGGAACCGUGAGUUAGAGUCAUGCGGAACAACCUGCUGCCCAACGACACCAUUUUACAAAACCCGAGUGCUGUAGUGCUUUAAGGUCUACGGAGUGAGAAAGAAGGGAGCGAUAUAAAUCUGAAAGAUGUAAAACAGUGAAAUAAAUAAAAUGCAAGACGGAGCGAGGGAAAGAAGAAGAGUGAGAGAGAGGCAUAAAGAAGGUGAGAGGGUUCACAAUGCUGCAGCAGCUGGCCUCCAACUGUCAGCCAUGAUUCCUCUGUUUACAUGUCGGCCUCGAGCGCAGCCACAAUAAAGACGGAGAGCGAUAGUCGAGGCACUCGGCCUGAACCGACUCCGCUCUUUAUCUCUCUGUAAACUAUAGCCACGCACUCAGACGUCAGAGGGAAUAAUGAGGCUAUGUAAGGCGUCCUGGCCUGGCUUUGGCCUUAGCUGUGUUUUGUGAAGAGCCUCACAAAAAUGAGAGACAUGUUAGCUAUUUAUGCUACAGCUUUGUAAACAGACGUCAACAGAUUAGCUGUUGUAAACCUCUCUCAGCUCUUUCCACAUCGCACAGCGCCGGACAGGACAACGCUGUCCCUAAUCGACAUCAAAACAGACGCGGUGAGGUUUUCAGGCUGUGCUGCUGGGACGCAACGUGCCAGAAUACGGAUGCCAUCAAACGGGACAGUGAUGAUUAAAGGUUCAGCUGUGGCUUGUGCUCCGCACUCGAGCUGAUGUUUAUCUCUAAAGUCAUGCAGAGGAACAAAGGAUGCAUUUACUGUAGACGCUGUGGGUACAACUCGCACAACAGUGGACUGUGUCCUAAACGUCUGCGUCCCAGAGCACACUGUCGAGCGACGGCUCAGCGCUUUCGUUUGGGGAAACGAGAUGUUCUGGAUUCUCUUCGUGUUCCUUUGAUUAGCCAAUCAGAAUGUAUAUCCACAGGGUACAAUGCCAACACAUUGCUCAAACACAACACUCAGUGAUGCCCAGACCACAAAACCGUCCAAAUGUGCUGUUUGUGCGGCCAAACUGGAACCUGCACAAAGAUCUCACCCUUAAAGAACGAACGCAAAGCUGCCAAGUGCUUAACCCUGGCGUUCGGUCUGUUGUGGCUGCAACGGCAAACAAAAUACCGGCAUUAUUUAGCAACAUUGGGUUUAGACUGAGGACAGCACUCUGAAAGAACACACUUGUAGGGGCCAGACUAGCGACACACCUGCUGACAGAUGAGAAGAACGCCGCUGCGGUGCGUUCUAUAACGACAGUUAUUAGUGACUGUUUGUGUUCAUCCUCAUGGCUGAUAUUCCAAAUGAACCAAAAUCCAUCCUGAUACGGAUCAGUGAGGGAAUCAUAAAACCAUUCACAACGGUAUCGGG